GCCUGGAGUAACGUUCUGUGGUCUGGAAGUUCGAUCUGAAGUUCCAUAAAAUGGUGGCUGUUUCAAGGUUGUGAGAGUGAUACGAUGGUCACCAUGAGUCGGAGCAGAAGACCCCGUGUUUCCCCAAGAGAGGAGGCCAACAAAUGGUGUGGAAUUGGAUCUGACCAGGAAGGAUUUGAAAUAAAGUUCAUCAAUAAAUCUAUAGGCUAUGGACUUUACACAACAAGGCAGUUUGAGAAGGACAGCUUUCUCCUAGAAUAUAGGGGUGUGCUAAGUGUAGCAUCUGAGGACACUGAAAACGAAGAAUACACCUUUCAUUUCAAGCAUCAGGGGGCUGACUAUAAAAUUGAUGCAUCAGAUCCUGGUUGUUGCCUUGCCCGGUGGAUAAAUGAUGAUCAUAAGCACCCAAACUGCAUCAUUAAAAAGGUCAUCUUAAAAAAUGAUUCAAGUCCACAUUUGUGUCUGUUUGCUCUUCGAGAACUUAAGGCGGGAACAGAGCUGAGAUACGACUACAACAUCCAAGAUCUUCCUUGGAGGCAGCCUAUGUCACGUUUCCACUCAGAAGAAGCUGCAUCAACAGUGGCUCUAACCCAGCCUUUGUCAUCUGAGCAGUCAAAAGAAGCUACGUGUACUUCAGCUAUGGAACUUACCCAGCCUUUGUCAUCUUGCGAGUCAGGAGAAGCUUCUUCAGCUGUGGACCUCACGCAGCCUUUGUCAUCUGAGCAGUCAAAAGAAGCUACAUGUACUUCAGCUAUGGAACUUACCCAGCCUUUGUCAUCUUGCGAGUCAGGAGAAGCUUCUUCAGCUGUGGACCUCACGCAGCCUUUGUCAUCUGAGCAGUCAAAAGAAGCUACAUGUACUUCAGCUAUGGAACUUACCCAGCCUUUGUCAUCUUGCGAGUCAGGAGAAGCUUCUUCAGCUGUGGACCUCAUCCAGCCUUUGUCAUCUGAGGAGUCAAAAGAAGCUACAUGUACUUCAUCUAUGGAACUUACCCAGCCUUUGUCAUCUUGCGAGUCAGGAGAAGCUUCUUCAGCUGUGGACCUCACCCAGCCUUUGUCAGCCUACCAGUCAGAAGAAACUUCAGUAGUAUCGCUCACUUUUCCUCAGUCUUCUUGUCAGUCAUUAGAAGAUUCUUCAGCCGUGGUUGUCACCCAACCUCUAUCAUUUUGUCAGUUCUUAGGAGUCUCUUCAGAAGUAUCUCACACUCUUCAUCAAUCACCUUACCAAUUUAAAAAAACUUCAGCAGCAGCCCCGACCGCACCUAUGUUUUCCCGUCAUUCACAAGGAGCCCCUUCAGUUGUUGCCCUUGUCCUACCUCAGAAAUCUCACCAGUCAGAAGAAUCAUCUUCACAAGUGGCCUUCACCCAGCCUAAUUCUUCUUGCCUGUCACAAGAAGACUCUUCUGUGCCAAUAGAAGAGUUUAGUGAUUCUAGUGUCUUGUCUUCUAGUUGUGAAAGCGACAGUGGAGAGGAUGAGGAUGAUGCACUUUUUGUAACCAAGAGGAAAACUUCAGCAGCAGCCCCGACCGCACCUAUGUUUUCCCGUCAUUCACAAGGAGCCCCUUCAGUUGUUGCCCUUGUCCUACCUCAGAAAUCUCACCAGUCAGAAGAAUCAUCUUCACAAGUGGCCUUCACCCAGCCUAAUUCUUCUUGCCUGUCACAAGAAGACUCUUCUGUGCCAAUAGAAGAGUUUAGUGAUUCUAGUGUCUUGUCUUCUAGUUGUGAAAGCGACAGUGGAGAGGAUGAGGAUGAUGCACUUUUUGUAACCAAGAGGAGGCGAUUAAGCUCUCCCACAUACACCACUGAUGAUGAUGUCAAUGAUCCAAGCUACAUUCCAUCUGGUUCCGAUUUACAUGAUGAAGGAAGUGAGGUGUUCCCUUUGGCAGAUACAGCUGCUGAUGAUAAGAAGUCGCAUGUCGGCAUUGAAGAGAAAGCACCGGUGAAGCAAACUUGUAAGGUCAGUAGUUGUGUAAUAGACAGCUCUUCGGGACAAGAAGAUGUAUGCAGUGAGAAGGGAGCAUCCUACAAGAAACCAUACAGAUUCUGUAUAUACUGCAAACAGUUCAAGUCUAAAUUGUCCGAUCAUCUUGUGAAAAAGCAUAUGAAUGAAGAGAGAGUGAAAAAUGCGCUUCUCCUCCCCAAGAAGCAAAGAAUAGAAGAAUUUGAUGGCAUACGAAAAGAGGGAACAUUUGAAGUUAAUAAAGAGAGAUCAAGAGAUGAUGAACCAUCCUAUGAGAGAGAAAGGAAGACCUCCUAUAAGACGGAUCUUAUUAUCUGUGGAUCAUGUUCAGGUGCCUAUGCUGCAGGUUACAUGAAGAAACAUAAGCGCACAUGUGGAAAGUCCUCAGACAGCAGCAGUCCUUGCUUGAACCUUCAAGCAUCCCUUCUCAAAUUGGUGCAAAUUUCGGAUGGCCAGUUCAUCGGUGAGGUGUUAAGUAGGUUCCGGAAGGAUGAAAUAGGCCUUCUGUGUCAGCAAGAUGAAGUACUCGUUGAUAUUGGACGAAGAUUGUGGAGUAAGCAGAAAAGGAAAAUGGACAAAAGAGCAGGAGUGCGCAAAUCUGUGAUGACAGACAUGAGGCGGCUAGCUGGGCUUUAUCUUGCAUUGAAGGAUACCCAAGAGAAGCUUGGACCUCUUCCAGUGCAUGCACAGAAUGUGUCAGACUUGAUGCAAAGGUCUAAUUUCAGACAUCUUGAAGAGGCAGUUGAGAAGUUCACUGAGCGUGAAAAGUGUAAUGAAGGUGUUGGCAUCAAGGCAGGGCUUAAGGUGGGUCUAUUUUAUUUGCUUAAGUCAUCAAGCAAGAUCCUUAAAGCCAUGUUUCUCAUGGAUGACCAGGAUGGAGAAGCGGAGCAAAUAGACAGAUUCACGGCUGUCCUGGACUUACAAUACAAUAAUGUAUUUGGGGAUGCGACUUACCAUCUGAACCGCAACCGAGAGGAAAAGUUGAGGAGGCCAAGCGGGCAGUCUUUAGAAUCUGACAUCAAGAUUAUCAGAGAGUAUACGACUACUAGGAUCGACGAGCUAGUAGGAAACGAGCUUGAAUUCUUCGACAAGCAUCGGUUUGUAGAACUCCGUGACUGCAUAGUGGCACGCCUUACACUUUUCAAUGCAAGACGUGGUGGAGAACCGAGCAGACUGUUCGUCAAAUGUUGGGAGGAUGCAAAAUCGGGAGCGUGGCUUGAUAAGCAGCAAUUGGACAAAUUGGAUCCGAUAGAUAAAGUCCUUGCACAAGACAUCAGGGUUGGAUACCAGACGGGCAAGGGUAGACACCUUGUACCUGUUUUGUUUCCCAAGGACACUCAUAAAGCACUGGACAUAUUGGUGGACAAAGAAGUUCGUUCAACUGCAUCGGUACUCAGCAACAACACAUAUCUGUUCCCAACAACAACUGGGACAGAUUCUCAUGUUUCAGGCUGGCAUUCUCUAGACAAUAUCUGUGACAAGGUGACCCUAACCGAUCGAAGAUCAGUAACGGCAACAAAGAACAGACACAGGCUCAGUGUUCUCUUUGCUCUAGCAGAUGUACCAGAAGCUGACCGAGGAUAUAUCUUUAAGCAUCUCGGUCAUUCCGAAGAGACGAACUGCCAUGUGUAUCAAGCCCCACUUGCAAUAAAAGAAAUCACCGUAGUAGGCAAACGACUACAGUGCAUGGAUAAAGGUACAUCAGAUGAUCAUGCUGCUCAGUCAGAUGCUGAUGAUGAUGAUGAUGCAAGUGGGCCUUCACUUUCCCAUGCAGAUGAUCAUGCUGCUCAGUCAGAUGCUGAUGAUGAUGAUGAUGCAAGUGGGCCUUCACUUUCCCAUGCAAAUACGGCCUCUCGUGGUAAACAGAAGAUGACAUCUGCCCUUCCCAAAAAAGUUCACAAGUACACCAAGUGGCGGAAAUGUGACGAGCAGCAACUGUUCAGGCACUUUGACAACUAUCUGAAGGGAAAGGGUGGCAAGAAGCUGCCAGGGAAAAAAGAGAUUAUCGCCUUCCUGCAAAGACAUGCGUCAUUUCCUCAUGGCAUCGACACCAUACACAACAAGAUGAUGAAUGAGGUGUACAAGAGAUCAAACAAGUGCCUUCCUGUUGUUUGAUUAUGAGGGGGCAGAUAUCUUUUGUUUCUAUACCUGACAUACUAUCAUCCAUGCAGAUGUGGAGGAGACUACUCAAUCUCUCAGGAUUGUACUUUGGUGAACAUUGAGCAUCAUGCACUGUUCUCACAACUCCUCUUGUCUGGAAGAGCAACUUCCUAAGAGUCCUGAUAAACUAUACAAACUGAUACAUCAAAGAGAUGAGAAAACAUUGUAAAUGAAAUACAUGUACAAAUAAUUGCUGUCAGUGUAUCAAGAUAUUGGUAGACCUGAAGACCAACAAUUUCAUGGCCUGUCCAGUGGAACAGAUAAAAAAUACACAGAAUGACAAAGAGAUUCCGAAAGAUCUUUUCUUUUAAGUUUAACAUACUGAUCUUUAUGAUUAACAAAAUGAUUUCAUGAACCAUGUGAUGUUAUGGGGAAAGGCAUGGCAAGAGUUAGUAAACCUAAAAAAACAUGACUAAGUAAAUAAGAGCAAAUCAUAUGCAUAUGCAUGUAAAUUAGAACCUGUUUGCAAAGAUCACUGUGCUAUGUCUCAUUUUUAUUACAUGUACAUGUAUGUAUUCUUACAAGUUUCAUUGCUGACUGCUUUUCUUUUUUUAAACGUUCUUGUGCAUGAAGACGUAUCUUGUUUUGUUUCAGAGCUGUAAGACCCUGAAUACAUAUAGCUUCAAAAAUUAGAAUUGUCAUUUAAGGAUAAAUCUUGUGACCUUCUACACAAAGAUGAAAGGUCAAAAACUUGAUACAACAUGCUUUUCAGGUUCUUCUUAGUGAAUACUCAUAUUUGUCAAAUUAUCCAUCAGGAGCUUUUCCAAAAUCCCAAAAUUCAGCAAGAACAGUUAUGCAGAUGAGUCUUAGUCCUAUCUUAGCAACCAUUUUAACCUUCACUUGUAAAAUGGACUGUUUUUCCAUCAGAAAUAGCAAAAUGAACGAAGUGAUGCUAGAGGUAGUUGUGUGAAAUUCCCUAAUUACUUGAUAGAGAUGGCAUCUCUGAAAAUAUCAAGAAAUUAAUCAUUGAGAGAAAUAGGGCCAAUAAUCUGUGCCCUCAGUACGCAAUAAAUUUAUUCACAAUAUACGUACAUAUGAAGGAAACAAAAUUACUGCCAUAUUCAAACAUGUAUUUUUUUAUUCAAUGGAAAAUUAUUAGAAUAAAUGCAACAAAAAAAAAGUGAAUCCCCCUUAAGUCAAAAUAGCGUAACUUUUUAUGCCUUGCAGACUUAGUCUGGAGGGGGCAUGAUCAAUCCAGCAGGGGCAUCUGUAUCAUGUGGACACACAACAUGUCUAGUUAAUGAAAAUAUUUUGAGCAAAAAGGCUUAGCAGGAGUUGUUUCUACACUUAUUGACUAAAUUAAAGUCUUAAAUGAGUGAGCAGAUGUUGAAGAUAAAAGUAUUACUUUUCAAAAGUCAUUAGAAUCACUUUUUGGGUCUGUUAAAUAAGACAUUUCUGGUAUAUGUAAAGUGUUGUUUAUUAUAUGUUUGUGUUGUGGUCAAGUGAGUACAUUGUAUCAGUGAAGCAAGAAACACUGAAAAUUUGAAUGACUACCCAGCAUAUUCACACUUGUACUGGUGCAUGAAUUUUGCAAUUUUAGGAAUGCUAACAGCACAGUAUUUAUGAUCAUCCAAAGUUUAAAAACAUGAAAAGUGUCAAGGAUAUCGUAAGGGGGUAAAAUUAUGUAAGAAACUGAAUUUGACAGUCUUGUUUAUCAAAGCCCCCAAAUGAUAUGUGACUUUUUUUUUUUUUACUUUAGACUCAGUGGAUCAAUCAUUUUCACACAGAAGCUAGUCGAUACGUGUAGGCGCACUCCUGCUUAGUUAUUUUGCUGAAGACAUUUUCGUAAAUUAUGCUAUUUUGAUUGAACGGGAACCUUAUCUUUUUGUUGUUUACUUGAAGUAAAGGUAGGGAAGAUGUUUAAUUUGUUAGUACAUGACUUGCAAUUGUAAUGUUUUGAGUGAAUUUGAGAAAAAGUAGGCAAAGGGAGUCCAUUAAAUGAUAUAAAUGAUUAAGGGGCACUAGAUUUCUUUAAAAAAUUACAUAGAUUCAACAUGUUUUCUGAAAGUAGAGAUUGUAAAUACUUUUAAAGUGCCAUGUUAUUGUGAAAAAUGUGUUGCUAUCAUUUUUGUCCACUUUGGAGAAACGUUAUGUUAUCUUCCUUUUCAGGUAUUUGUAUACAACUUGUACAAAACUUAUGUGGUAGUGCAAAUAUUUCUUUGGAAAAUAGGCAUUUUUUUUUUAUCAUGAGGAUUGUGCAGGAACAGUAAAGGCACAUUCCAGUACAAAAGUAUUUUCCCCUGCAUACCGAUAACUCUUUCCAGUUGAUCCCACACCUCUUUCUAGCUUGUAGACAACAGAAGAUGCAUUUUGUAUCUCUCUUAAAAAACAGUUCAACGAAAAGUACAAAUGAUUGCUUAGAAAAUAUAUUGUACUUCCAUCAUUGUGAGAAAUAUUGAAUGAUAGGUAAGUAGGAGAAUUGUGUGUUGAUUUCACAGUAAAGAGGUUGUUUAUGAGAAACUGUUGUGGUCCCCAGACCAGAGGGUCUCUUGUCGUGACACAUAUUUUACCGCAAAUGCGGUCUGCUUCUGUGUACCUUAAAACGUUAUCUACUGAUUUUUCUGAGUUCUUUGAUACCUAUAUGUUUGUUGACAUUGUUGGUUUUGACAGGGAUAUGAAACCCUUAGGUUUCCCUAGUAUGAUUAUCUGAUGUGUUUUGAUGCACGGAGAAGAGUUUUUACCUUCAGUGUGUUGAGAAAGUUUUAUGUUUCUUUGCUGGGCAAAGUGUUUGCUUGAGAUUAAAGCAGG